AUGGUAGACACUUACCGGCUCAAUCCAUUCGAAUACCUUUCUGCCACAGCAUGUCGAAGAAAUCUUGCUGGUGAUGUCUGCUCAAUUGUUAGAGUGCACUCAUUUCUUGAGCAGUGGGGCUUGAUAAACUAUCAGGUGGACUCAGAUGCUCGUCCUGCACCGAUUGCUCCUCCACCGACUAGUCAUUUCAUGGUUUUGGCUGAUACGCCUACAGGUGUUCAGCCGAUAUGCCCUGUUGUGUCGAACUUUGCUCCAGAGAAAAAGGAUGAAGAUGCUGAGAAAACUCCUAUUGAUAAGUUGUCUAACGUAGGACUCAAAACCGAUCAGUAUCAGAAACAACUUGCAGCUAUGAAAACCAAAGGAGCUGCUCCAGGACGUGAUUGGACUGAUCAAGAGACGCUUUUGCUACUUGAGGGUUUGGAAAUAACUCAGGAUGAAUGCAUUCUUCGAUUCCUGCAGUUGCCCAUUCAAGAUCCUUAUCUUGGAUCGGACGAAGCAAAUGGUCCCGGAAGUGGUGAUUCUAUUUUGGGACCUCUAGCCUUCCAACCCAUUCCAUUCUCCCAGUCAGGCAACCCGGUGAUGUCCACGGUAGCGUUUCUAGCAUCCGUGGUCGAUCCAAAGGUUGCACAAGCAGCUACCAAGGCAGCGAUUGAAGAGUUCGCCAAGAUAAAAGAUGAGGUGCCAGCAUUGAUGGUUGAAGCACAUGCGCGAAAUGUACAAGCGCACGAAGAGAAAACAGGUGUGCUUGAUGGAACCGUAGGACUGUCCAAAUCUGGUAUAGCCACUGACGAGAAAAAAGAAAAGGAAGAGGGCGAGAAGAUGGAGACGGAUGAAAACGCAAAGAAGCCAGAUGAUGCUACUAUCGAGCGCACAGCCAAAGUGGCUGUAAGCGAAAAUGUCCAAGCUGCUGCUGCUGCUGCUCUCGCCGCUGCCGCAGUAAAAGCUAAGCAUCUCGCCACCAUCGAAGAGCGCCGAAUCAAAUCAUUAGUCGCUCAAUUAGUAGAAACCCAGAUGAAAAAGUUGGAGAUGAAGUUGCGGCACUUUGACGAGCUAGAGCAAAUUAUGGAUAAAGAACGAGAAGCUCUGGAGUAUCAGCGCCAGCAACUUAUUCUUGAACGACAAGCUUUCCAUAUGGAUCAGCUAAGAUACCUGGAGCAGCGUGCUAAGCAUGAAGCACACAGUAAAAUGGUAGCAGCCGGUCAAUUGCCAGCAUCGUUACCACCCGGAUUUGAAGUGAGUGGUCCUCCUCAGCCGACCCCACAAGUGCAAGUAGCUGUUCCUCCUGCUCAUGAACGUAAGUAUCACAGCGUGUAAUU